AUGAAUCCUCCACAGCGCCUGAUUCACUUCCUAGCCAAAGACGGCCAAAUUUACUACGGCGACGCCAUUCUCCCCAAUGGCACCAGUGAUAUCGCCCAUGCCACCCAAGCAAAAGUGAUCAAAGGCGACAUUUUCAGCCAGUAUAGAAUCACCGACCAAAUCGCAGACAUUCGCAUGCUCCUAUCCCCACUAGCCCGGAAGGACAUCGGCACCGUCCGCUGCCUAGGCCUAAACUACGAGCAACACGCAAAGGAAUCCAACCUCCCCAUCCCCAAGUAUCCAAUUCUCUUCUUCAAGCCCGUCACAGCAAUCGCGGGUCCGACGGAUGAUAUUCCCGUCACCCAGCUCGCGCAGGAAGGCGAGGGUCUAGACUACGAGUGCGAACUUGUCAUUGUUAUCGGCAAAGAGGCGAAGAAUGUUCCCGAGUCCAGGGCUUUGGAGUACGUUCUGGGAUACUCUGUUGGAAAUGAUGUUAGUCACCGUGACUGGCAGAUUAAGCGUGGUGGAGGGCAGUGGGGGUUGGGUAAGGGAUUUGAUGGUUGGGCGCCGUGGGGUCCGGGAAUUGUUUCGACGAGCCUUAUUACUGAUCCUAAUGCGUUGCAAAUUUCGACUACGCUUAAUGGGAGACAGGUUCAAUGCUCUUCUACUAAGGAUAUGAUCUUUGGCGUGGCGAAGACUAUUGCGUUCUUGUCUCAGGGGACUACCCUGUUGCCGGGUGAUUUGAUCUUUACGGGAACUCCACAAGGUGUUGGUAUGGGCCGCAAGCCUAACCUCUGGCUGAAGGAUGGUGAUCAUGUGGAGGUUUCACUGGAGGGCGUGGGUUCCUGCGCCAACCGGGUGGUUUUUGAUAAGCCUACUCCCAAGCUCUAA